AUGGGAACUGCCCAAAAUACCAGUGACCUCAAACUACCUGCAGUGGAGCUUGACCUGUGUAACAGGGACAUGAUGGCAGACACAUCUGACCACAGCAUCGUUACUGUUGGAGAAGAGGAAGGAACAGGCAACUUCCAGCGUUCAUUUCCAACGCGAGAAUCCAUCCGAUCCCCCCGGGGCUCUGUUGUGAGUUUCCAUAACAUCCAGUACUCGGUCAAGCAGUCCAGUGGAUUCCUGUGUAAACGGAAAACUGCAGAAAAGAAGAUCCUUCAUAAUGUCUAUGGCAUCAUGAAACCAGGCUUGAACGCUAUCCUGGGGCCGACAGGCAGUGGUAAAUCCUCUCUCCUAGAUGUGCUGGCUGCCAGAAAGGACCCAGCAGGCCUAUCUGGGGAAGUGCUUAUAGAUGGCAUCCCACAGCCUCCAAACUUCAAGUGCAUCUCAGGAUAUGUUGUGCAGGAUGAUGUUGUCAUGGGCACCAUGACAGUGAGAGAGAAUCUGCACUUCUCUGCUGCCCUGCGAUUGCCCAGCUCCAUCUCCAUUGAAGAGAAGGAGGAGCGAGUCACCCAGAUCAUCAGUGAGCUGGGCUUAAGCAAAGUGGCUGAUACAAAGGUAGGAACCGAACUGAUCCGYGGAGUGUCUGGAGGGGAGCGGAAGAGAACCAACAUUGGGAUGGAGCUCAUCACAGAGCCACCAGUGCUUUUUCUGGAUGAGCCAACAACUGGCCUUGAUGCCAGCACAGCCAAUGCUGUGCUCAUCCUUUUGAAGAAGCUCUCCAGAAGAGGACGAACCAUAAUCUUUUCCAUCCACCAGCCUCGUUAUUCCAUAUUCAAGCUAUUUGAUAGUCUAACAUUACUUGCUUUGGGAAAGGUGCUGUACCAUGGACCUGCUAAGAAGGCCCUGGAAUAUUUUCAAUCUAUUGGAUAUGAAUGUGAACCCUUCAACAACCCAGCUGACUUCUUCCUUGAUGUCAUAAAUGGUGAUUCAACUGCUGUGGCAGCAAGCAAGGAAGAUCAUAAACCUGUGGACACAGAAAAAGAGGUGAGUGGUGAAAAUGGAGUGGCCGAGGAGAACGCGGACAGGAGUGUGGUAGAUGUGCUGCACCAGAAGUACCUCAACUCCAGCCUGUAUCAGAGCACAAGGGAGGCACUGAGGAAAGUGGAGCCUGCGCAGGGAAGCAAGCAGAGGAGAUCCAAGAAGGGACAUGAGAUUACCUAUGCAAACGGCUUCCUCACCCAGCUCUACUGGCUGUCCAAGCGCUCCCUGAAAAACCUCAUCAGGAACCCACAGGCCUCUGUUGCGCAGAUCGCAGUGACCAUAAUCCUAGCUCUGGUCGUGGGUGCCAUCUUUUUUGGUGUAAAACUGGAUCGAAGUGGCAUUCAGAAUCGGGUUGGUUCUUUGUUUUUUGUCACCACAAACCAGUGUUUUUCCAGUGUCUCUGCAAUUGAAUUGUUCAUCAGAGACAAGAAGUUAUUUGUCCACCAGUACACCAGUGGAUAUUACCGUGUGUCUGCCUACUUCUUGGCAUUGAUGAUAGGAGAUCUGUUGCCCAUGAGAACUGCUCCAGCCAUCAUAUUCUCAUGCAUCAGUUAUUGGAUGAUUGGCUACCAGGCUGUUGCAGGCCGGUUCUUCUUCUUCAUGCUGACCUUGGUCCUGGUAUCUUACACUGCCACUGCCAUGUCUCUGGCCAUCAGUGCUGGGAUGGAGGUAGUGGCUGUGGCCAACCUGCUCAUCACUAUUUGUUUUGUCCUGAUGCUCAUCUUUUCUGGCCUCUUGGUAAACCUCCCUUCUGUAAUGGACUGGUUGAACUGGCUGAAGUACUUCAGCAUCCCACGAUAUGGCCUAACUGCUCUUCAAGUAAAUGAGUUUAGAGAUCUCUACUUCUGCGGCGAGAAGAAGCCGAAUGACACAGUGCCUGUAGGCAGCUGUCCCCCAGUUAUUUCGGGAGAAAUCUGCUUUGGUGAGGCACAACUCUGCAGCCAGGGAAUUGCACCUACCACCUGGGCCAUGUGGGAGAACAUAGUGGCUCUGUUCUGCAUGACUGUUAUCUUCCUCGUCAUAGCCUACGCAAAGCUGCGGUUCAUGAGGAAGUUCACCUAGAGCCACCACCGCCUCGCGCCGCGACUGCUCAGGCCUUGAGACUGAAAAGGGUUUCAGAGCCUGCGGAGGCUCACAACACAUUUUAGCAGACUUCCCUGGAUGUCAAAUGGGACUCUCGUUGCCUUGCCUGAACUGUCAUUUCCAUGUGACAAUAAUGAUGUUCUUCACAGUGAGAAGGUGAAAUUUUAAGGACCUGAGAGGGGAAUAUAUUGUCUUAACUACUUAACAAACUACAUGUCAUGCAAUUUCAUACUUCUGUGGCCCACCUUGGGCAUAUUUCUGAGAAACUGAACAGUUACUGGAUAAAGGGAGCCACGGCCCUGUGAAACAAGGAGCUUCUCCCUUCCCAUGAAGUGCAAGGUUAGGAGGGCCUUUAGGCAUGGAUCUGCUGCUCCUUCCA